AUGAUCAUUAACAAAGUACAUAACCUCUUUGAAAUUUUACCAGAGGAAAUUAAUAACGAAAUUUUUUCCUAUCUGCCAUCUGUAGAUUUAAUAUUUUCCCACUCAAAUGUUUGUAAAUCUUGGCGAAGGUUAAUCUUGCCAAUUAUUACAAAACAAUAUGAACUAGAAUUUACUUUCAAUUCAUAUGAAUCAUCCAAUUCCUCACCCUUUAAAUCAUCCACUAAAUCAGAUCAUAAUGAAAUAGUAGAGAAAAUUAAUUCCGAUCAUGAUGAUGAUGAUUUUCUCCAUUCUAAUAGAAAAUUCAGAAAAACAAUGUUGAGAAAAUUCAUUUAUCAAGUGGCUGAUCGAUGGAUUGAAGCUAAUUUAGAGAAGUUGGAUAUUCCUGGAGUUAUUGACUUGGCCAAUGUUAAUGGUGAUUUGGAUGAAAAAAUUGUAAAACAAUUGAUGAGUGAAUUGGAAUUGAUCACUCGAUACUUUUCAAACUUUUCAGAUUUGAAGAAGAAGGACGAGCAUUCGAAUGAAAAGAAGGAGAAUGUUGAAACAAAGAAGGAAGAGAAAUCAAGCUCUACAUGUGGAAAUUCAGUUUUUAAAGGAAUAUUUCAAUUUUUGGGUUCAUAUUUUGGAGCACCGAGUGGUCAAUCAACACAGAGUUCAAAUCCUUCGAAAAGUCUAUAUCCUUAUACGCCUCAAAAGUUUGGAAAUGAUCAGUACUCUUUCAAAUGUUCCAUGAGUGGAGACAGUUUUUCAGGAAAGACAUCUUUUAUUAAUUGUAUCAUUUUCAAUAAGACUUUUGGAAAAUAUGUGGAUAUUCCAACGAUUGGAUCAAAUUUCUUCAGUAAGACUUAUCAAUUUUCACAGGAUAAAAGAUAUGACUUUCAGAUAUGGGAUGUUUAUGGUCCAGAGAGAUUUACUCCUCUAACUAGGAUGCAUUACCGAAAUGUUCAUGUUGUCUUUCUAUUAUUCGAUUUGACCAAUGAGACUAGUUUCGAACACAUCCCAUUGUGGUAUAAUGAAUUAAAGAAUUAUGACGCUCACCAUAGUGAAGUGGUCCUUAUUGGAAAUAAGACAGAUCUCAUCAAUGGAAGACGUGUUAAUAAGGAGCAAGCUCAGAAAGUGGCCUUUGAUAUUAUGGAUGGUGCACUCUAUGUGGAAACAACAAAUUCAGAUAUCAAACACGCACACAAAGUAGCACUCUAUUCCAUGAUUGUUAAAUGUUGCAUUUUUAGAAACAUAGAAGAAGGGAAAUAA